AUGGAUUUGUUAUCAUACAAGUGUCACAUCGAGGGCUGUGGCAAACACUUUCCCCGACGAGACGGACUCGACCGCCACAUCCGCUUUGUCCACAGCCUCACUAAGAGUUUUGUUUGCGACCACAACGACUGCGGCAAACGGUUCGCAACGAAUACUCAACUCUAUGCGCAUCAGAAGUACAAACACCUGAAUAUGAGGUCCAAACCCUUCCGGUGCUCUUUAAAAGGCUGUUCGGCUCUGUUCACGAGGAAAGAGUCAUUGGAGUCACACGAACGCCGACACGUCGAGGGUGUGGUGUAUGCGUGCGAAUGGCCCGGUUGUCACUAUACCGCUUAUACGGCCGGCCACUUGAAUCAGCACCGCAGGGAUGAACACACUGACCAGGGUAUAUUGCGAGUAUGCGAUUGGCCAGACUGUCAAUUUCAGCUUCAGCCUAAAUUCGUGUGCCAUUGGCCCGCAUGUGAUAAACGAUUUAUAUUUAAGAAUACACUCAAUAAACACGUGUUAAUCCAUUCGGGGGACAAACAGUUUAAAUGUGAGGUCGAGGGCUGUGGGUAUAGGAGUUCAGAGAGGGGUAAUGUCAAGCAACAUAUGCUUAAACACAAUCGGAUCACCGGAAACGUGGAUUGGUUUCCCUGUCAAUGGCCUCAAUGUGGCAAACAGUUUGUCCGCAAAAGUGAUUUGAAAAAACAUUUGUUAAUUCAUUCGCGAAAAGACUGA